AUGGAACCUGGUACAUCCAGAGAUGUGGAAGUGAUAGUGAAUGUUGGAUGGGUGGAUGGUAAUGGUGACAGUGACAGUGAUGGUGAUGGUGAUGGUGAUGGUGAUGGUGAUGGUGAUGGUGAUGGUGAUGGUGAUGGUGAUGGUGAUGGUGAUGAUGGGACUUUGACAUCAUAG